ACGAGCCUCCUUCGCGAAUUCCGAGUCCUCCGUCCGCUUCGGAGCCGCGCGGGCUCCAUCUCAUCCCCCGCGGCGGAAGGGCCGCGCGGAGGCUGCGUUCCGGCAACACUGGAAGGGAACGUUCUCACAUUCCGAAGCGGCGGGCUCGGGCUCGCUGGGUCGCAAACUGGGGUGGGCUCGCUUUCCCGCCGCAGCGGACGACCCUAGGUCCCCAGCGUGGUGCCGCAGAGCCGCAGAGCCUACCAGGCCCGGCAGGGAAGCCGAGGUGCCCGUCCGCCCUGCAAACCUCGCCGCCAACCGGGGACGAUCACCGGUGCGCGCCAUGGGCUCUGUUAUUGGUGACCACAAUGAAAAAUUUAGACACUGAGGAGCUGAUAACUGACAAACUUCCCAAGCUCAAGAACUCAAAAGAAUGGUUGGAACCACAGCCACUUCCUUUUAUGGAGGCAUUAGCUAAUGAAGAUGUUGAUGCAGCUAUUCAAUCAAUCUUAUAUAGAGAAAAUUAUGUAAUUAAGGAACUAGAUAAGUAUUUACAACAUCAUGAAUUCUUAAAUGCAAGAAGAAAAGAGAUGUUACAUAAAAGAUGGGUUGACCAUGUGGCAGAUCCUCUCCAGAAGAAAGUUUUAGGAAAAGUUUCUUCACAUAAGAAAAUUAAAAAAAGGAGACAAGAGGAACUGGAUGGUUUUUUAAAAUAUGUAAAUAAAAAGGGAAAUGCAUUUAUAGAACAUUACGAUCCAAAAGAGUAUGAUCCUUUUUAUACAAGCAAAGUGGACCCCAAUCUUCUGAAGGUUACCAUCCCACCAUUUCGUGAUCCUUUGAAAAAGGCACAAUAUGACAAAGAUGAAGACAAAAAAACCCUUCUUCAGUGUGAGACUGGCAAAAUAUAUACAAUGAAAAAAUUCAGAGAGGUUGAAAAGGCCAAACUGUAUUCCAGAUUUCCAAGCAUAUCUAACUCACGGCACUUUAUGACUCCAAACAAGUGGCUUAAGUUGCCUACAUGUUACAUAGAAAGUGAAUUUUGUAAAAGGAGCAGGUUAAAAGUGAAAAUGAAUCUUAAUGAUAGUAGUUUUGAUCUGAAACCCUCAGCAAGAGUUCCUCAUCCACCGGAAUUCCAGGAAGAAAAAAAAACAGUUAUUUACAAAAACAAAGAGUCAUCCCCUCUGGAAAAGGAACCUCUACGUUAUCAGGAGGGGAAGAAUCCAAGCCUGAAAGAGGCUGACUCUGAAGGUCACUUCUCUUCCUUGAACCUCAGCCAGGAGGUAGAAAGGAACAAGGAGCAGGAUGUGGUUUUAGCAACUAAAGAGAACAUACCCUGAUCCCUGACUGGUGAAAGAGGACCCGAAAGAAGGCUGCUUCAGAGGAAGCCGUGUGCUAGCCAAAAUCAUUCAGCGCGAGGCCAAGGAAGGCACUCAAGAGUUGUUCAAUCUGUAAGAAAAGCAUCUUCAAUAAACUUCAUUUAAUUUUUUA